CUGCUAUCGUGACUAAGAUGGAGACGUUUCUGGAGUCACGGUCUGGACACUGGGCCGGGGGUCCGGCACCGGGGCAGUUUUACCGCAUCCCACCUACUCCCGGUUCACUGGUGGAUCCGGUGUCCACGCCAUUCGGGGGUCCGAUUACGCGCACCCAAAACCCCAUGGUGACGGGGACCUCAGUUCUCGGUGUUAAGUUUGAAGGCGGAGUGGUUAUUGCAGCAGAUAUGCUGGGUUCGUAUGGCUCCUUGGCUCGUUUCCGCAACAUCUCUCGUAUCAUGCGAGUUAACAACAGCACCAUGCUGGGUGCCUCGGGAGACUAUGCUGAUUUCCAGUAUUUGAAGCAGGUUCUUGGCCAGAUGGUGAUUGAUGAGGAGUUGUUGGGAGAUGGACACAGCUACAGCCCUAGAGCCAUCCACUCAUGGCUGACCAGAGCCAUGUACAGCCGCCGCUCAAAGAUGAACCCCCUCUGGAACACCAUGGUCAUUGGAGGCUACGCUGAUGGAGAGAGCUUCCUUGGUUAUGUGGACAUGCUUGGUGUGGCCUAUGAAGCUCCUUCGCUGGCCACUGGUUAUGGUGCAUACUUGGCUCAGCCUCUGUUGAGAGAUGUUCUGGAGAAGCAGCCAGUGCUAAGCCAGACAGAAGCCCGAGAGCUAGUGGAACGAUGUAUGCGAGUGCUGUACUAUCGCGAUGCCCGUUCUUAUAAUCGGUUUCAAAUUGCCACUGUAACAGAAAAAGGUGUUGAGAUAGAGGGACCACUGUCAGCAGAUACCAAUUGGGAUAUUGCCCACAUGAUCAGUGGCUUUGAAUGAACACAGAUGCAUUAUCCAGAACUGAAGUUGUACCCUUCUUUUAACUUUGAACUUGGCUGAUUCAGAAGUAGAUUUUUCUUUUGUAAAAUAAAU